AAGAAUUAAAAGAAUGGCGUUAGGGAAAUACUCGAGAGUUGAUGGCAGAAAAUCUUCAAGUUCUUGUUCAACAGUAACAUUUGUGGUGUUUAUCGGCCUUUGUUUAGUUGGAGUUUGGCUCAUGACAUCCUCGUCAAUUGUUCCUGUUCAGAAUGUGGAUGAUACAACUCAAGAGACCAAGAAUGAGGUGCUUACACAGAUAAAGGAAAGUAACCAAAUCCAACCCAAACAGUUUGAGGAUAAUCCUGGUACUCUGCCAGAGGAUGCAACCAAAGGGGAUAAUUUAACUAUAUCCACUGAUGAAGGAAAUUUUUCACAGCCUGAAAAGACAGUUGAACGUGCACAGAAACCUGAUCAGCAGAGUGGAGAUGAACAGAACAACUUAGAAAACAGACCAAAAUCUGAGACAGAAAGUGAUGACGGUGCAAAGAAAGAUUCGGUGUCCAACAUGGGGGAUCAAGAAUUUAAAUCAAAAAUGGAUGAAAAUAAAUCAGUGAAUGAGAAACAAUAUUCUUAUGGACAAGGGGAAUCUGAUGAUGAUUCAAAAGCAACUACAUUAAAAUCAAAUCAAGUAGAAAACAAAUCAGAAAACUCUGUUGCAUCAGAAAACACGGAUAUAAGUAAGACUGAGGUUACCAUCGAAAACAAGUCAGAGGGAAUGGCAAGUGAGAAGGAGGUCUUAUCUUCAGCAGCUCAAUCCGAGCUUUUAAAUGAAACUAUGACUGAGGACGAAGCGUGGAAAACCCAAGCAGCAGAGUCGAAAAAGGAAGCUGAAAAAUCCUCAGAGCCUGCUCCAACAACUGAUUCCGGCUGGAAGUUGUGUAACGUUACAGCUGGGCCAGAUUUUAUUCCAUGCCUUGAUAAUUUGCAGGCAAUAAGAAGACUUAGAAGUACAAGGCAUUUUGAACAUAAGGAGAGACACUGUCCAGAUGAACCGCCAACGUGCCUAGUUCCACUUCCUGAAAAAUACCAGUGUUCUAUUCAGUGGCCUGAAAGCAGGGAAAAGAUAUGGUACCAUAAUGUCCCCUACACACAGCUUGCAGAAUAUAAGGGACACCAAAAUUGGGUUAAAGUUAGUGGUGAAUACAUUACGUUUCCGGGGGGAGGGACUCAGAUGAUGCAAGGGGCUCUUCCUUACAUUGACACCAUACAGCAGUCUGUUCCUGAUAUUGCUUGGGGGAAACGGUCACGUGUCGUACUGGAUGUUGGAUGUGGGGUUGCUAGCUUUGGAGGUUUUCUUUUUGAUAGAGAUGCAUUGACCAUGUCAUUGGCCCCAAACGAUGAACAUGAAGCUCAGGUUCAGUUUGCUCUUGAAAGGGGAAUUCCUGCCUUCUUAGGUGUAAUGGGUUCAAAGAGGCUUCCAUUUCCAGGGAAAGUCUUUGAUGUUGUGCACUGUGCACGUUGUAGGGUUCCUUGGCAUGCUGAAGGAGGUAAGCUUCUUUUAGAGCUGAAUCGCUUACUUCGCCCAGGUGGUUACUUUGUGUGGUCUGCUACUCCUGUAUACCAGAAAGAGCCCGAGGACGUUCAAAUUUGGAAAGCAAUGAAGAAACUACUAAAAGCGAUCUGUUGGAAGGUCAUUUCAAUCUAUAAGGAUAAAUUAAAUAAAGUAGGUGUUGCUGUAUUUCAGAAAACUAGUUCUAAUGAGUGCUAUGAACAAAGAUCAGAAAAAGAGCCACCCCUGUGCAAAGAUUCUGAUGAUCCAAAUGCUUCGUGGAAUGUACCAUUACAAGCAUGCAUGCAUAAAAUUCCUGCUGGUGAAGCAGAACGUGGGUCAAAAUGGCCAGAACAGUGGCCUGCGAGGAUGGAGAAAACACCUUACUGGUUGUUGAGUUCACAGGUUGGAGUUUAUGGAAAACCCGCACCUGAUGAUUUUGUGGCAGACUAUGAACAUUGGAAACGAGUCGUUAGCACGUCAUAUGCAACUGGGAUGGGAAUAAACUGGUCUACAGUGAGGAAUGUUAUGGACAUGAGAGCCAUCUAUGGAGGGUUUGCUGCAGCUCUAAAAGAAAUGAACCUAUGGGUUAUGAAUGUGGUCAACAUCGACUCCCCUGACACAUUACCUAUAAUAUAUGAUCGCGGACUCAUUGGAAUGUAUCACGAUUGGUGUGAAUCAUUCAACACGUAUCCUAGAACAUACGAUCUUAUCCAUGCAGAUCAUCUCUUCUCCAGUAUAAAAAAGAAAUGCAACUUUGAGGCACUUGUAGUAGAGGUGGAUCGUAUAUUAAGACCAAAAGGAAAGCUGAUUGUGCGUGAUAAAGUGGAGAUCAUUGGUGAACUAGAGAGCAUGUACAAAUCUAUGCAAUGGGACGUCCAAAUGACAUACGCAAAGGACACAGAGGGGUUGUUGUGUGUGCACAAGUCAAUUUGGCGCCCCAAAGAAGCAAUAACACUUCCAUAUGCGAUUGCGCAGAAAGAAGACAUUGCGCGUGCCAUGGCCCUCAAAGAAGAGCUCAAGCGUAUACCACAUGGUACUGCACCCGAGAUCUUUGGUCUCGCUGAGAACACUUAG